AUGAGUUCCAUCGUGUCCUUCUUCUCUUCCUUUGUCUCGACCACCCACGCCGACUCCGAGAAGGAGGCCCCUGCCGACGCUGAGGUCGUCGUUGAGACACCUGAGGAAGAACCAGAGGAGCCCGAAGACGUCCACCCCGCCCUUCGCGAAGAAUGCAAAGCCUCGGCAAAAUGUGCUGCCCUGACGAAACACUUUGAACAUUGCCAGGAGAAGGUUCAGUCUGGCCAAGGGUUCAAGGGCGAGGAUUGUGUUGAGGAGCUCAUGAUGCACUGUGUUGAGGAAUGCGCUGCACCCAAACUCUUCGCCAAGCUGCGUUAA